GCGGCUCUCUUUUUUUGUAAUCUGCCUCCGCCCUCUCUCUCUCUCCGUCGUCUCUUGAAAGACGCUGCCGCUUUCCCGCCUCCACCACCACCACCACCAUCAUCGUCGUCGUCGUCUUCAUCGUCGUCGUCGUCUUCUUCGCAGCAACCGCGUUAGUUUUAGUCGACGAAACCAACUCAUCUCCCCAACAAGCCGCAAUUGCCGUAGCGUGUGUGGGUUAAACAUUUAACUAAUACACACGCGCGUAGAGGCAAUACAUCCGUCUGCCAUUUUUUUUUAUCUGUAACAAAUCGAUAUACGUAUGCGUAAAGCGACAGUGCUAAUAGUUAAAUUUGUGUGUUAGGCGUUUAAAGGCUUUUUAUUUUGUUGUGGUGUGGGGUUGGUGCCAGUGGGGGGGGGCCCAGUUUUUGAGAAAAUGGCAGACGCCGACAAACUGAACAUCGACAGCAUCAUAGCGCGGUUGCUCGAAGGUAACGACAGCACUUUGCGUGGGUCGCGACCAGGCAAGAACGUGCAGCUGACGGAAGGCGAGAUCCGCGGCCUCUGCUUAAAGUCCCGCGAGAUCUUCCUCAGCCAGCCCAUCCUUCUGGAGCUGGAGGCGCCGCUGAAGAUUUGCGGUGACAUCCACGGGCAGUACUACGAUCUGCUGCGGCUCUUCGAGUAUGGCGGCUUCCCUCCCGAGAGCAACUACCUCUUCCUGGGUGACUACGUUGACCGUGGCAAGCAGUCGCUUGAGACUAUCUGCCUGCUGCUCGCCUACAAGAUCAAGUACCCAGAGAACUUCUUCCUUCUCCGCGGAAACCACGAGUGCGCCAGCAUCAACCGCAUCUACGGCUUCUAUGACGAGUGCAAAAGGCGAUACAACAUCAAGCUCUGGAAGACCUUCACCGACUGCUUCAACUGCCUACCCAUCGCUGCGAUCGUCGACGAGAAGAUCUUCUGCUGCCAUGGAGGCCUGUCCCCAGACUUGCAGUCGAUGGAGCAGAUCCGACGGAUAAUGCGUCCCACGGACGUGCCAGACCAGGGCCUGCUGUGCGAUCUGCUGUGGUCGGAUCCCGACAAGGACACCAUGGGCUGGGGUGAGAAUGAUCGCGGUGUUUCCUUCACCUUCGGAGCGGAAGUGGUUGCCAAGUUUCUUCACAAGCACGACCUGGACCUCAUCUGCAGGGCGCACCAGGUUGUCGAGGACGGCUACGAGUUCUUUGCCAAACGGCAGCUGGUGACUCUCUUCUCGGCGCCGAACUACUGCGGAGAGUUUGACAAUGCGGGCGCCAUGAUGAGCGUGGACGAGACGCUCAUGUGCUCCUUCCAGAUCCUCAAGCCCGCAGACAAAAAGAAGUUUCCGUACGUGGGCCUGAACGCUGGACGGCCCGUGACUCCGCCACGGAACGCCGCCAAGAAGAAAUAGCUGCUCCCCACCACCUCCUCCUACCCGCCCCUAUCUUUCACCCACCUCCCUUGCCCCCCCGCCUCAACCCAACUUUGAAAAGCGGCCGAAGGAUGAAUGGAAAGUGGACCGGGUCGGUUUCUACCUGACACAAAUGAUGAGAGUGCUUCUCAGACUCCCCUCCAGCCAAGCCCCCCACACCACAUCCUGUACGUUAGUCGCUGCCUCCCACGGGGGACCCUCUUGUGCCAGUAGUCCAGGUCAUUGGGGGGCGCUGACGCGUUUUGCUGCGUAGCCUGGCCUCGGUAGUCUGGCCUCGCGAGGCGCUGUAGUGCUGCAUAAUUCGCAGGAGUUUGUCUAAUUACGUGAGAUCUGUUUUUUUUGUUUGCGGGCGGGUGGGGGGAGGGCCAUUUUUUAGUUUCGUUUUUUAAUUGAACAGGAAACCUUUCUAAUUUCUUUUUUUGUCCUUAGCUGUCUUUUGAGAAAUGGAGCACAGUGGAUACAACCCCCUUACGCCUACUCAGGGGCAUCAUGGUACUGAUAUGGAAUCGCUGCCUUGGUCCCCAGGGGACUGGUUGAGCAUGGCAAUACAUUGGAGGGAAUCGGAAGUUUAUCUCCCCCUUGUGUGCAGACAAGCUGCCGUGCGUGUUGUCUUCGCCGUUAUUUGGCUCAGUCCUUUUCAUAUCGUUGCCAUGGUUCCAGCGUGGCCCUUGCAAUCCCAAGUUGUGCAUAUUGAAUAGAAUGUUUCUUUGGUAGCUUUUUUUGUUUUGGCAACUGCAAAAGUUGGCAUUCCAAGGGUUACGGUUCCAUUUUGUGCUUGGCUCGCAAUGUCUUGACCAACGGAGCGAAACACAGACUUGAUAUUAAUGAGGCGUUUGCGAUGUACGUUGACGAUUAGUACUUACUGUAUUGUGCUCAUUUACAUUUUCACACGUCGGCAAAACUUAUGUUCCUCUUUGGCCUGCUUUUUGGUUUUUCCAGAGUUUCGUGCUUUUAUAAACCACAAAAUCAGGGGUUUAAAAAAUUCGACCUUAAAGCUUUGUGUACAUACAAGUGAUCUGGAGAGAGUUAAAUUGUGAGUUGACGUUUUGCUUUGUCCAUUCUUUUAUUUUCUGUUAUUUUUUGCUUGCCAGCACGUGGAAGUUUUUUGUGGUGUAACAUACGUAAUGUAGACGGACAAUAAUCACCACUCAAAAAAGCGUUGGGUCUACUCCAAAUCUGUUUUGUGACUGCUGUUUUUUUAUUUUAAAAUUUUUGUCCUAUUAUGUGUGCUUUAGUGGUGUAGGGUUCUUGAACUGAGCCUCCUUUAAAAGAAAUGAUUUCUCCUUGAAAUAAAUUGAGUAGAAUUGUGAUUUGGCAGAUUAUAGAAGCCAUCAGUUGUCUUGUGGCCAAACCUCGCAAUGAGAAGAGAUGGGUGGGUAAGCGGGAACGGCCAGUGGAUCGCCGUCUGCAGGUGUCGUUACCUUCUGCCCUGUAAGCGGAUAUUGUUAUUGCCUCAUUCAAUAGUGCCGUAGGCUCCAGUCUUGAUUUUGUAUUUAGUUGUAUUCUUGAAUGUAAUAAAUGGUAUUUUAUACA